UCAAUUAGCGUUCAACCUGUAUACUGUACUGAUGGGAGUUGGGAAGUUUUUGGCUGUUUGUUGAUACAGUAGUUUUGCGACAGCGAAGUUUGGCUGCCGUGUUUGGGUUCAUUUCUGUACACCUCCAUUAUGGGACCAAAAGUUCUGACCUAUUCUGAAGUUCUGGAUCUGUGAUUUUUACUCGCUGUGUUUCUGUGGUUCUCACCGGAGUAAAUCUUUUCACAAUUAUCACUCAACAUCAGAUGGCCAAACAUGAUGGAUCCAGAAGUGAUAGAGAGACUGCGCGCUAGCAGCGGGUCAGGAAGUAGUCGAGGCUCAAGCGGGGGCCUCUUCCAGCAAAAACGCACCGGCAUCGGCCUCCUAGCAGACCCUCUCAUUAUUGCCCAUCUUAAACAUCUCCAUCAAGAUGCACAGAAUAAGGCUAAGAUGCAAUGGGAAGAUGAGAGCGGGCUGGGGGAUGGAGGAGCGGAGGAGACUGUUGAGAGGGAACGACUGGCGAAGAAGAUUACUGCGUACAAUCAAGGGAAAAAUCACGGAGCUUUUACUGUCACACAGACAGAGGGACUGCACUUUGCUGGAGCGCUGAGGUUCUAUUUUGAGGAUGGUGGCAACAAACUGGCCAAGGCCAUCUGGCUAUCGAGUCAGACAACCGUUGAUGAACUCAUGCCACGAUUCAGGGACAAAUUCAACCUUUUGGAGAACGGACGCUGGAGGACCAACAUAUACCAAGUCCACAACUUGGAUGAAAUACGUCUGGCUAGUGAAGAGCGCCCUCUAGAUAUUGCCAUCCACAGUAAGCGUAACGUACGAUUCAUCCUCAGAAUGGAGCCAAAUCCCAAGAGCCUCGCCGUCCCAGACGCAGACGCCCCAUCUCAGCGUAAAUCCCUCUCGCGUUUCUUCGGUGUUUCAAACAGCGACUUGGCCGCACCGUACUCAGCGGCGGUGUCUACGGCAAGUCCAGUGGUGAAGUCCAAGAGCCAUUAUAAUAAGAAUGGCAAAAAGCAGAGCUCAGCGGACACUGGGAGUCUGAGCAGCAACAGCAGCUCCAGCAGCCUCAUCUUGCUUAGCCCUCCUACUAAAGUGCCGAUGCGACAUCAUAGCGCAGGAAAUGUCAACGUCAACGGUGAUACUUCUGGUCUCCUGCUCAAGACUAAAACUCCCAACUUCAUCAGGAAGUUUCAAGCGGGUGAAAAUGCCUUCAGAAAGCUCACUAAAAAGGACAAUGGCUAUGGCCAAAAGACAUCCACGAAGAAUUUAAGGAAGAGAUCUCGCGCCAGAUCCUUAUCGAGUAUGUUUGAGAGGGGGAUUACCCUGACUAAGAAGGAACCCAGUGACAACUCCAAGCAAACUAAGGAGCUGUCCACUGAAGAAACAGCGCCCGGGUUGUUGAAAGUCUUUGGGGACCAGAUCUGCCCAAAUGCUACCUACAAAAGUGUCCUCGCGUCGGGACAGUCCUCUGCUGUUGAACUUGUGAAGGUGGUGUUGGAGCGAUACUCUUUGCCUGUUGACACCUACGGAGAGUACGUACUGUGUGAUGUCAUCGGGAGGUUGAAGAUUAACCCCGAGAAAGCCUCAAGAGUUCUUGGGAUCACUGAUGAGUGUGAGGAGAAGCAAGAAUGGAUAACAGAGUGCAUGCGGGUCAUGGGCAACGACGAGAGACCCCUCACCGUCAAAUCGUUCUGGAAGCCCGAGGAAGGAUUCGCAAGGAAGUUUGAGAUCAGGCGACGAGUCGACAUCGCAUCUGGCGAUGUGGACACAAUCACACACGGCAUUAAUGUCAAUGCAAAGCGGUUACAGUUGUCGAGAGCUAACCGCACACCAGGAAGCCCAUGCAACUCGCCAAGAAACAAGGAGAAUGGCCCCGAGAUAGUCUUGUCAUCCUCUGAGAAGGACAUCAACUCAAAGAAACUGAACAGGAGACUCUCUCUCGGUCAGUCUGAGAAUGAAGAGACAGAGAGCAGUGACGAACUGAUCCCAACAAACUACCUCCUUCCCCCACGUUGUUGCCCUUACCUGCUGACCCUUCACGGAAACAGCCUCGCGACGGAUCAGACUCUCUAUCCCUUAGAUGAUGUUGCCUGCCUCGUGGGACGUCUCAGUCUUGGAAACUCAGGCACUGACAUCGGGCUUGAUUCUCCUGACAUCAACCCAGAGCAUUGUCGAAUUCUACUCCAGUGUGACUCCAUGUCCACAAGCAUCAACCGUCACUGCAGUCUGUACAUAGAGCCCAUUGGAGACUCCAAAGUUCUCGUCAACGGGUGUACCGUCACCAGAUCCACCAAACUCAGCGCCAAUGAUCUGAUCGCAAUCGGACAGCAUUACUUCUUCCUGUUGAAGAAUCCACUCAUGAUGCAAACCCGUGAGCCGUCCCAAAUGAUUGGACUCUUAACCGCCGCCAACCAAUCAGAACCCCUGUCUGAUCCAAACAGCGAUGCCAGCAAUGCCUUGCCAAAGCACACGAGCUCGCACAUAGCCAAGAAAGCUCGUGAGUACUUUGCCGAUAGCCAGAGACUCCGAGUCUCCUAUCCGAUGGUGAUGGAAGACGCUGUCCUGAACGGGAUUGCUGGAAUCGUGCCAGCGCUAGUGGAAGGAAAGCACAACUUCACACUCACGCUGUCUUAUUUAGUAGGCAUGUGCAUAGAGCAUUCGGCAUACAACUAUGAUCAAGAAAGGACCAAGGCGUUGAUGCUGAAAGUGGCUACUAUUAUCCAGUCCUUGGCGUGGGACAAGACCAAAGAGAUUGCAGCAAAUCAGAAAGAAAAACCCUCUGACGUCCAGGCCGUGAUGGACUCACUGUUCCCAGAUCUCAAGACCAUCUUGUGUCUACUCACCAACGCCCUGGAGGUUCUUAACUUCCUCCAGACUAAGAUGGGUGAUUACAUCCAGGGAGACGGAGAAGGUGAUCAGCAGGAGAGGGAGACGAGGGAUAGGGAAGAAGAGGCAGGAGGGUCUGGGGUGGAGAAUGAGGCGGUGGUUGAGCUGGAGGAGGUUGUGAUGUACACGUUCCAGCAGGUGGUUUAUUACCUCACUAAGACGUUGUUUAUUGCUAUUCCAAUGUUUCUGGACUCCAAUCCCUUUUCGGACGACGAAGUUGACGAGGAAGAAGGCAAAACCAAAGGCAUGGACAGCGUCCUGUCCGUGUUCCAGAUGACCUUUGACCUUCUGCUAGACCUAGACAUCCAUCCGCAGAUCACAUCCCAGCUGUUUGCGUAUUUGCUGUUCUUCACCAACGCCUCGCUGUUUAACAUGCUAGUUGAGAGAGGGGGUAAUGGAAAGUUCUACAAGUGGUCCAAAGGAGCUCAGAUGAGAGGCAAUCUGGACGUACUGGAGACAUGGCUGAAUGACCAUGACCUUGAAGACCUGACUAAAUACUUGACCAGGGUAUCAAUGGUCAUUGACCUUCUGGCCACGCCCAAAGUUCAACUCAUGCAGGCAGAUUGGAGUUCACUCCAGCGUGAUUUCCCAUCUCUGAACACACUCCAGAUUCAUCAUAUCUUGAGCAAGUAUCAACUCGGACCUAACCAGACACGCCCUGCUGGAUGGCUACCUGCACAAGAGGUACUUCAGGCUGCCGCAGGAACAGAGAGGACCUUGGAAAGGUUUGACAACCACCCGGCUCUAGCUCUGCCCAAUCAGGGCUUUGAGCUGGAUCUCAGACAGCCAAUCAACAAUGAGUAUUUCAUCGGCCAUUUGCAAGAGUUGAGCAGACAGCUGCCAUAUAUCACGUUCAACUUGGGUUGUGAAGAGGACGUCUUCGACAUGGAAGUGAAAUCAUCAGCUGCAAAAUCAAACACAGAGAAAAUUCUCUCAAGUCCACGCAGGAACCCAACAAAACCCAGCAACAACCCACAACAAGAUGCGGAAUCAGUCACUGUUGAUGUCUUAAAGCGCCCUCUGGAAGUAGAACAAGUCGUCCCCAUCGCUGUUGCCAACACGGUGAGAGUACCACCGACCGAGCUCGGAGUGAAGUCAUCAGACGAGGACAAGAUGAGCCCCCGUGUGUUUCCUGACAAGCCACCGAUUUCCGCCAAGCCCUCAAUUCCCGUCAAACCACCGUCGAUCAAAAGUCGUUCAAAAAUCAAGAAGGACUUGCCAAGUCCGACAAGCCAAUCAAAUACAGACAGCAGUUUGGUGAACUGUUUCAACAGAGUUGACGCGGGGAAUGUUGCGACAGCAACCAUACCUUCGAUCACUAUGACUAUGGAUGAUGACGCGCCAGUGGAGGAACCUUCUAAAGAGAAUACAAAUCAGAGGGAGGGAAAAUCAGCCGUUUCAAGCAACCCUGUUGGGCAUGAAAGUUCUCCAGAAUUAUUUGAAGAGCCAAAGAAACCUUGCCCAACUUUAUCUUCAUCUACCUCGCUGACCUCAUCGUCACCUCUCAUCACCACGGAGACGGAAGAGAGUUCAUCCCUGCCAAAUAAGAAAGAUCUGGAUGAUGUCUUUGUGGUGGACUUGGAUAAAGGGCAAGACGGCGUUGGGCUUGGACUCAUCGACGGAAUGCACACUUCACUGAGGUCACAGGGCAUCUAUGUACGCAAACUAGUACCCGAUAGUUCAGCAAUGCAGGACGGCAGGAUGAAGAUUGGAGAUAGGAUCUUGGCUGUGAACGGCACCAGUCUGGUUGGGGCUGAUUAUAACAGGGCCAUGCAUCUGAUCAGAAGUUCAGGUGUGAGACUGCGUUUCUUAGUCGCCAAGUCUGAGCCAUCUGUGGCCUUGAAGAUAAGCGCCUCUGUCUGCUAAGAAGGAACCCAGAAUCUGAGUCAUCCCAAACGGUGGUAUCUUCAAGGAGGAAGACUCAACUUCCUCCUCCAGUAAAGCAAACUCCUAAAGAAUGGGCGACUUUUGGAUGGUCCUUUUUAACAGUUAGUAGUGCGCGUGGCUUCUGCAAUGCUCAGAGCCUGAUAAACAAGAAGGAAUACUUAUUUGUAUUAGCAGAGCUUUGAGUUGACUACUUUACCUGAAAAAGUGCAUCACAACCUACACAAUAGUUAUCAUUAAUGGCCCUUCACAAUCCCCAUCCAUAGAAUCAAGCUAUGGACCUGUAGGGUUAUAAUUAUCAAUUAUGGCCCUCCAUAAUUCCCAUCCAUCAGUGUUAAUUUCUUAAGGCCUUAACACACUACUUUGUGUUGGCAACAGGUCUAACCUGUGUAAAGUUUGACUAAGCGGCAUUUCACACUACAAUAUUUUAGCCCCGCCACCGGUUAUGCCCGACUGUUUAAAUGCUUGAACUCAUACUGCAGUCACGCAGGCAUGAUAGUUGUCUUAAUUUAGUCUGAUUUUUAAUGUUUUUGUACUUGGAAAAUAAGAUAAAUUGCGAUUAAGUACAUGUAACCUGAAAUGUCUAUUAACGCCUACACAAUCGUGUGUACAUGUAGGUCAGCCAUUGUACACACUAAAAUAUUCCCAAGAAGAACCAAAUAUCACCCCCGUAGUCACCAUUUAUGAUACAAAUUCUAAGAAUUUGUAGAAAACAAGUAAUAGAUUGUGUCCAUUGAUUGUGUAUAUAGAUGUUUUAAGAAUAAUUUGUAUAAAAUUAAAUCAUCUAAAAUUUCAAAUCUUUAUAUUUGGUUCUAGAAGUAAUACAAAAUAAUUGCUGAAGUUAUUUUAAUGUAAAGUUUUAAUAUCUUAAUGAUAGACAAAUUAAUAGUUUGACAUGCCAAUUUUUACCAUUUCUGCAUUAACUGAUCAAGUUUGAUAAAUCUUGUAUGGUAAGGUUUUUAUAAGUUAUUAAUUUGUUUGUUUUGAGUCUAUAUAUUAUAUUUGUUUGGUUAUUUAAUUUGUUUUAAAUUAAAUAAAUAUUGAAACAAAAUACCAUGAUACAAUCAAAUUUGGUUUGGUCAUAAAUUACCUUUAGUGUGGGCUGCAUUGCAAAAGGGAACUGGUUGUGGGAAAUACCAGCAAAAACAACCCGACAUGUAAAUGUUGAUUAUUUGCCUCGGAAAAUACUCAUAAAGAAAUUAUUCAAAUCAGGAUGGAUAUGAGCCAAGUCUUUUUAUCUAGACUGGCAUUCACACUUGGUGUAUCUCAACAUAUGCAUAACAUAACAAACCUGUGAAAAUUUGAGCUC